AUCAGUCGAGUUAUAACUGUUGUGUUGUGAACCCGUCUAUUGUUCUCUGUUGAUUUGACAUUCAAGGUGUAAUAGCCAUGUCGGGAUUAAGGAUGUGUGGUGUCAAGCUGAGCUCGGUGGGACUCCUGGCUGUCCUGCUAUACCUGAUAGAUACAUCAAGAGCUGCUUUAGAUGGCUACGUUCCCGGACAAGAUUAUCCUGAUUUCGAAGAAGUUCCGAAGGGCCUCUCGUUCACCUGCGCGGAUAAGAUACCCGGAUACUACGCGGAUACGGAAACUAACUGUCAAGUUUGGCAUUGGUGUGUGCCUGGUCUAGGCGGUAACUCCAUGUACUCGUUCCUUUGCGCUCCAGGAACCGUCUUCAACCAGCAGUCCAGGGUCUGCGACUGGUUCUUCAAGGUGGACUGCCCCAACUCACCGGCUUUCUACGGUGUUAACGAGGAUCUUUACAAAGACGAAGCAGGAAACUAUAUUGCCGGGAAAAAGUAGACUCAAUAGCUAUCAUUAGAGACUUCUUCUUUUAGUUAUUAAGUACUAAGACAAUUUCCAACUUAAAGAUGACUAAACUUAAAUGAUACACCUUUAUUUUUUAUUGCACAUAGGUUUGAGUUUACUGACCAGUAAUCUUAAAUCAGUCAAUGCAGAAGUGACAUAUGGUUUUAUGAGUCUGCCUAGAAUAAUAAUAUGAAUUCUUUUCUUAACUUUACACGUAGUAGAGAAUAGAAAUUAAUUUAAUCAAUUUAAUGUUCAUUCUUCUAUAUUUAUUACAUACGAAAUAGGGUUUUUUACGUACAAACAACAAAAAAAUGAAAUUCUGUCAAAUAUGGUUAGCGCCUGAUGACAAUUAAUAGCAAUGUGUGUGUUCGGUAUGAAAUAUCAUUACUAGGCGUUUUUGUGUUAACGUUUCCUUUUUCACUAGUUAAUUAACACUAUUUUUUAUAUUUAGAAUAGUCACAAAUGAAUUAAAAAAAAUAUUUUAAUUUAAAA